CCAACAUGCCUGGCAGCGGAGUAAGGGCCGCGCAGGUGACGACUGCUUGGUUCUGAUUCAUUGCGGGCCACGAGCAAUUCUUCCAAAUGCGCUUCCAAAUGCUGAAAUGCCAUUUCGUGCAGUCUUCUGGGCUGAUUUUCGAUAGUCAAGCCAUCGGCAGUGGGAGGUAAGUUGGAGACAGCCGUUGUCGGAUGUUGAAACGCCACCAGCCCGCCAGCUUCCACACAUGGCAAACAAGCAUUUUUUCGGUGCUUGACACCACAAAAACCCUGCAGGACCUUGAAACACACCUUUUCACUCUACAACCAGAAGCGUCCCGACGGACUACAUGUGCUGUAAGUGCAUGAUUCACGACCUACAUGAGCCACGCCCGCACAAAACAACGGCAAGAAGCAGGGCCCAGGGUCGAAACACGCUGUCCCGAGCAGGUGCACACUAGGCCGGAUCAUCAUCGCACCUUAUCUGAACAAGCCACUACAGGAUUUGAUGAGAAAAAAUGGCGAAAAAUCAAAGUGAAGAUGGCACCCCCACAGGCAACGCGCCGGUAUCGAACAACAGCAGCAGCGGCGGCGGCGGCAGCAACAGCAAUGUCGAAAGCACAGCAAAGCACAACUCCGAUGACUUGGUUGAAGCGCUCACGGCAGCAAUGCCGCCGAGCAUGUCCUCGCAGCGAUCCAAAACAGCCGAUGAGAUCCUGGCAGAAAUGAACCGCAUCCCGCUGUUCAUGACCACGCUGGACGAGACAGAUGGCGAAGGCGGCGAGAACGUGAUGCUCGAGGCCAUCAAAGCUCUCGCAUACGAAGGAAGCAAAGCUGAAGUGGCGGCGAACUUCCGGGAACAGGGAAAUGAAGCUGCGCGUGGCAAACUCUGGAAAGAUGCUCGCGAGUUUUAUACCAAAGCUAUCGCUUCGGUGCAGGGGAAAGUGAAGUUGUCGGAGGCUCCGAAGGAUGACGACUUUGCUGGUGCUGCCGGUGCUGAUGCUGUUCCUACUACUAGCACUAGGAUCUUGGAUGUAACAGAUGUGGAGGAGGACCAGGUUACUCCAGUUGACGAGGAGGCUGAAGCGAAGAAAGAACGCGAGAUAGAGGAAGCAUGUUUGGCCAAUCGUGCUCUCUGUAACCUCGAGAUGAAAAACUACGGCCAAGUCAACAAAGAUUGCGCCUCCGUACUCCGGCUCAAUCCCCGGAACAUCAAAGCCUGGUACCGCGCAGCGACCGCCUGUCUCGCCCUAGACAAAAUCCCCGAAGCAGAAGAUGCCUGUCUAUCCGGCUUACAAUACGACCCCACCAACACCUCCCUCUCGGUCCUCCAAUCCAAAAUCCACUCCCGCAAAACCCACCUCCGCAAUCUCCACGCCGAACGCGAGAAACGCGAAGCACGUCUUCAUCGGGAGAAAAUCACCCUGCACGCUGCGUUGAAAGCGAGGAAUAUUUCCCUCUUGCGUGAUCAUGAAACUGGAGAAGUUUCAUCCUCAUCGACAUCACCACCCGAAUUGGAAGACGCAGCCAUCCACCUCUCCGACCCUCAAGAUCCCACUUCCACACUCUCGUUCCCCGUCCUCUUCCUCUACCCUCUACACGCCCAGACCGAUUUCGUGAAAGAAUUUCAAGAACACGAGACGUUGGGUGAUCAUCUCGCGUAUUUAUUACCUUUGCCCUGGGAUGCCAAGCACGAAUAUUCCCCUUCCCCUUCCAGUCCUUCAUCCCCUUCAUCAUCUUCCCCUUCUGCCUCUACAGCAGCGAUCCAUUCCCAAGUAGAUUGCUACAUGGAAACUUCCCCUAGUGGUCUGAUCAAAGCGGGUAAGAAAUUACCUUUGAUCAAAUUACUGGCGGGGUCGGGAAAAGGAAAACAGGUGGAGAUUGGGGAUGGGUUGGUAAGGGUGUUUGUAGUUCCGAGGGCGAGGGCGGAGGAGUGGAUUGGAGAGUGGAAGGUGAGGAAGGGAAGGGUGUAAGUAGAGGAGGAGGUAGUAUCUAUCUACCUACCUUAUGUAGUGAGAUGAUUACUGGUGGUUGCUAUGUACAUGUACCUAUGUACAUGUGUAUGUAUGUAUGUACAGGACAGAUGCUUGCGUCACGUUGAGAGGCAUGGGUCAUCCUGUGUAGAUACUUCUGCAAGCUUUCAUGCGCAAGCUUCAAUGUCCUCGUGGGCGAUUCCUCUUCUACCACUAGUCUCGUAGUUCUUACUUCUUAUCCGCUGGAUAGACAAUACCAGCCUGUCUCCGCAUCUCCGAAGUGACAUGAAUGACAUUCCGUGAAAUAGUUUCCAACUCCUGCAAACUCGCCGUAUCCUUUUCAUUCAAAAUUCUCGCAUAUUCUGCCGCCUCUUCUUCCAUAUUGACAUUCGGUUUCUCCACCGUCUUACACGGACCCGCCAACUCCUCGCUCUUUUUCGUCUGCGGACUCCAGUGUGCAAUGGACGCAAUAUCCGUCGUCGCGUUGAUGGUGAGAGUACCCUUUUCGCCAUAGAUUUCGCAGGGUGCGGUGCUCUGAUAGCACUUGGAAGCGCUGAUUUGCACGCCAAACCCGUCGUAUUGCAAGAUUCCACAUCCGCCUGCGUCGACUCCUGUGCGGCAGAUGGUGGGGAUGUAGGACUGUGUCUGGGGGCGGCCGAAGAGGGCUACGGCAAAUGUUACGGGAUAGACGCCCACGUCGACGAGACUGCCUCCGCUGAAGUCGAGGGAGAAGAUGUUGGGUGUUUCUCCGUUCAAGACGUUGUUGUAUCGGCUACUGUAGGAACAGUAGGAGAACGAGGCGCCGUAAAUGGGCCCGAGCCGCUUCUCCUCGUGGACCAUUUUGCGCAGCAGUUUGUAGUUGGCCUCGUGAAUAUGGCGGUAUGCCUCGAUGAGAUACACGCCCUCCUCUUUCGCUAUCCGGAACAGAUCAUCGAGCUCGGCGGGAGUGGAUGUGGCAGGCUUCUCGAGCAGGACGUGCUUCUUGGCCUUUAGCAUCUGCUUCGCCUGCUCGUAGUGCAGGCUGUUGGGGGAAGCGAUGUAAAUGGCUUGGAGGUCCUGGUCGGCAGCGAGGUCGUCCAGGGUGGUAUAGAGCUUUGAGCAGGCAUAUUUCGAGGCAAACUUGUCUGCUUGCUCUCUCGUGCGUGAGUAGACGGCUUGGAGUUGCCAUUGGCCGGUUUUGUUGGCGGCUUGGAUCCACGAGUCUGUGAUCCAAUUCGUGCCGAUGACACCAUAAGUGAUGGCCAUAGCUGUUUGUAGAAGCGUUGAGUCGAGAUGUG